ACGUUUUCUUUGUUUUUUCGCAGUCGCACCAACGGCAUUUAAUUUUCCUUGUUCUUCUUCCUUUGUCCUUAACUUAUCCUGUGGUUCCAGAGUCCCUGUCCUCUCUAUUUCCUUUUAAAUAUAUUUUUAAUGCUCAUCCCUAUCCCCAAGUCCUAACAGUUUCAAAUUGUAUUGCAAUAAAAUGUUUUGAAUUCUUCACAUAUAACCUAUCUACCUUCGUUGGUACUGUUGGUAGCCAGUGACACAUCUAGGCAGGCUGACCAAAAUGACGACUGUGCUGGGCCUUGGGCCUGGCCUGUUCACACUCGUCCUUCUCUGGUCGCUGGUCAUCCUCGUCUGCCUGGUGUUCAUGCGCGCACGCCGCACGCUCGCGCUGUCGUCCGUGGCGGCAGCGGCCAUCUUCACGUUUCUCCUGAGUCGGAUGCCCAUCAAGGCGGCAGGCCACGUGGAUACCGAUGAUGGACGGAUUGUCGAUCCGCUCUACGUGUGGCGGCUGGUGCUGGUCGUACUACUGUUCCUGGCCGCUGCCGGUGGGGGCGCUGCCGUCCUGCUCCUCCAUUUCAACGAGCGUGUGCUGGCCAAGCCGCUCCUUCGGUUCGUCCCCACGUGACGGCCGCCCCUGCCGGCUUAUCCUCCGCUGCUUCCGAACGGAUGUGUCCCGAGGUCUGCUUUCCAGAGUCCGGUGCUUGCAGCCGGUGUGCUGGAGCAGCUGAAUGGUGUACAGUGGAAAGACUACCGAGUACCGAAGUCUGCCGAUUUUUGUGUGACUUGGCUGGGGCAUGAACCCUGUAACUGAAACUCGUUUCAGUGAGACGCCUUGGAUCUGUUGUGGGAAUCCGGAACAGCCCGGUCUCUCUGGGUCACGAAGACUGCCUCUACAAUUGUCGAUAUCAGUAAGCUGACGAGUCCGUCCAUUGCAAAUGAGUGAUAGUUCGCUUCGCGAGACGUGAACUGAUGCGAAAUGCU